GGCGCGGGGCCGCGCGGCCGUCGCCGUGGCGCGGGCGCAGCCGCCGGCGGGCUGGGCCGGAGCAUGUGCAGCUGCGGCAGACACCUGGCAGGGAGCCGCCGCGCCGGGGAUGUGAACCAGGCGGGGAGGAAGGCCCUUGACUCAUCAGAUAAAUCCAGCCCCGCAAGGAGAGCCGGGCAGCGAAGGCGGAGGAGGAGGAGGAGGGAAGGCGGGCGGGCGGCAGCGGCGCUAGCGGCGGAGGAUGGCGGGGGACAGCGAGCAGCGGCUGGAGGAGCACGGGCAGCCCAGCGGCGGCGAGCCCUUCCUCAUCGGCGUCAGCGGCGGCACGGCCAGCGGCAAGUCCUCGGUCUGCUCCAAGAUCGUCCAGCUGCUGGGCCAGAACGAGGUGGACUAUCGCCAGAAGCAGGUGGUGAUCGUGAGCCAAGACAGCUUCUACCGGGUCCUCACCUCGGAGCAGAAAUCCAAAGCGCUGAAAGGCCAGUUCAAUUUUGACCACCCAGACGCUUUCGACAACGAGCUGAUCGUCAAAACGCUCAAAGAGAUCACGGAAGGGAAGACGGUCCAGAUUCCCGUCUAUGACUUUGUCUCCCACUCCAGGAAAGAGGAGACCGUGACUGUCUACCCUGCUGAUGUGGUGCUUUUUGAAGGCAUCCUGGCCUUCUACAGCCAGGAGGUGCGGGACCUCUUCCGCAUGAAGCUCUUUGUGGACACGGAUGCAGACACCCGGCUGUCCCGCAGAGUGCUACGAGACAUCAGUGAGCGAGGCAGGGACCUCGAGCAGAUCUUGUCUCAGUACAUCACCUUCGUCAAGCCUGCCUUUGAGGAGUUCUGCUUGCCAACCAAGAAGUAUGCUGACGUGAUCAUUCCCAGAGGAGCAGAUAAUGAAGUGGCCAUAAACCUGAUUGUGCAGCACAUCCAGGACAUUCUCAACGGAGGACUCAGCAAACGCCAGAGCAACGGCUACCUGAACGGCUACACUCCCCCCCGCCAGCGGCAGCCCUCAGAGUCCAGCAGCCGGCCCCACUGACCCCGGGCGGCCGGCGCGUGGCUGGGGGCGGAGGGCGCUCGGGCCCUGCCGCUGCCCCUCUGUACAUACUGUCUGUUCAUUCCCCCCUUAUCUAUUUAAGAAACCAGACGGAGACGAAUGCCUUUAAUUUUGUAUGUUGGAAAUGCCGAAUGAGAAGCAGCUGGCCGCUCGGGAGCCCGGACUGCCCACAGCUCCUGGCCUUGCUCAGUAACUCCUCCAGCACGGAACCGGCUAUAAAUCUCUAUAAAUAUAGAAUUGCUCUAUUUUUGUGUAAA